AUGCGGCUAACUUUUUUUCUUACAUUAUUUUUUGUUGAUUCACACAGUUUUAAAACUGUUACCACAAGUUAUGGAAAACUACGAGGAAGUGCUGACUAUACAAAUAAGAAUAAUACCAAGUAUAGUUUCAAGAGUGUUCCGUUUGUUAAACCUCCACUUGGUGACUUGAGGUUUGCUCUUCCAGAGAAACCGGAUCCAUGGGGUGGUAUACUGGACGCAACAAAAUACAGUGCUGCAUGUUUGAGUAACUCAUCAUUUAGUUCAACACCACAGAAGUUUAUUGACGAAGAUUGCCUGUACAUGAAUAUUUUUACUAGCGAGGACUGUCUGACUAAAAAAUGUCCUGUAAUUGUAUAUAUUCAUGGUGGCUCAUUUAACUUGGACUCGGCCACAAUGUUUCCGGACAAGUUCAUUUUUGAACGAUAUGUAGAAAACGGCAUUGUCUUUGUAAUACCUGCUUAUCGGUUGGGAGUUUUCGGGCAAUUUUAUCUUGGAGAAAAAGGAGGUUUACCAACUAAUUUGUUGGUUUAUGAUGUUAUCCAAUCUCUACAUUAUGUGCAUGGCGACAUAUCUAAUUUUGGUGGGAAUCCAGAAGAUGUGACACUUAUGGGACAUUCUUCAGGAGGACAAUUGGUAAAUGCACUUGGAUUCUCUGAUUAUGCAGAUCCAGAGCAAAAGUUAUUUCAAAAAUGCAUUGUGCUCAGUGGAUUUGAAAUGUAUGGAUUUCAAGAAUACAAAGAAUCAAACUCAAUUGAGAUUGCAAAGAGAGUGAAUAAAACUUUCAGAAGAUAG